GAAGGAUAGAAAAAAUUCCCUAGGGGUCACGCGCGAUCACGUGAUGCCCCACCUGUCCUUGGCCGUCAUUGCGCAUGACCGGAAGUUUCCCACACGCUGCUAAGUGAUAAGGAAGUAGAAUGGUAAGCACUCGGUUGUCCUCCCCUUUAAGCUCUUGCAGAGACGAUGCUAAAUGGUUUACCGUCAGAUGAUGGGUAGAAGACGAGUACCGAGUGCGAUAAUGCUCAGCAGGAACACAGCAUCUUCUCGUUCGAUCGUACGCUAAUUCCCCGAGCGACUCGAACGAUGUCUUUCAACCUCCUCGCGGCCCGCUCAUUUCCUGCGGGGACAGUCUCCAUGACGUAGCGUCCUCCACAUGCCAGACUCGGCUUUAGAUUGAAUACGAGAGUAUCCAGUCAGCUGUCACUGUGUGGUGUGUGUAGUGUGCGUGGGGUGGAGGCGACAGCACCCAUAAAGCGUCGUCGACCAUGUCCCGGCGCAAACAGGCUAACCCCCGUGCAUUAAAACGUGAAGGUUUAGAAGAUUUAAGUCUGUGCUACGAAAGCAGUCCGGAAAUAAUCAUGCCCUGUUCUGUUGGAAUUUGCGACGAUGAUACCACGCCUAUGUUAGGACUGAACGGCGGGGUUGGUACACCCACAUCGUGGAGGUCUUCGGACACCCCUGAUGACCAGUCCUUAUCCUUGUCUCCUACCAGCUGCGCCACACCCUCUGAUCCAGAUACCGACCUCACCUACACCAUUGGGGUGACAGAGAACACGCCCUACGCCUGCCAGUUUUGUGACAAGGCCUUUCCUCGUCUCAGCUACCUGAAAAGACAUGAACAGAUUCACAGUGACCAGAUGCCGUUUAAAUGUGACUAUUGCCAGAGAUUAUUUAAACAUAAGAGGAGUAGAGAUCGUCACAUCAAACUACAUACGGGUGACAGAAAAUACCGAUGUCCUCAUUGCGAAUCGGCAUUUUCUCGUAGCGACCAUUUAAAGAUUCACUUGAAGACUCACGACAAUGCAAAACCUUUCCAAUGCACCGUUUGCAACAGAGGUUACAACACAGCAGCUGCUCUCACUUCCCACAUGCAAAACCACAAAAAAGAAAGCCAAGCCGGACAUAGUCCCUUCCGUUGUCUCCAAUGUUCUGCUUCUUUCACUAGCUCCAGGGAUUUACAGAGAUUAUUUAAACAUAAGAGGAGUAGAGAUCGUCACAUCAAACUACAUACGGGUGACAGAAAAUACCGAUGUCCUCAUUGCGAAUCGGCAUUUUCUCGUAGCGACCAUUUAAAGAUUCACUUGAAGACUCACGACAAUGCAAAACCUUUCCAAUGCACCGUUUGCAACAGAGGUUACAACACAGCAGCUGCUCUCACUUCCCACAUGCAAAACCACAAAAAAGAAAGCCAAGCCGGACAUAGUCCCUUCCGUUGUCUCCAAUGUUCUGCUUCUUUCACUAGCUCCAGGGAUUUACAGCAUCAUAUCAACACUCACAGAGAAGACAGUUCUUCUCCAGCAGAUAAAUCUUGCCAGUGUGCCUUUUGUCCUCAAUUUUGUCCUACACCAAACACUCUUAAACAUCACUUGGAACAAGUCCAUCCUGUCGAGAGUCAGGGUAGAUGUUCUAUUUGCCAGGAAACAUUUUUAUCGUUAGAAGCACUGAGUCAACAUAGAAAGCUGCAUAAGGAAGAACCGGAACAAGUUAAUGGACUCAACAAUAUAAACUUUACAUGUAGCUUAUGCAAUAAAGGCGAAUUUAAUAAUUUCGAAGAACUCCAACUACACGUGCAAUCGAAUCACAUUAAUGAACAGUUAACAGAUCCUAGUAUAGUUCACUGUCCUCCAUCAAGAAUCGACCAGGCUGGCAAUUUCGACUGUGAGUAUUGUACCAUGAAAUUUUCUUCUGUUCAAAGUUUACAACAGCAUACGUUAACGGUGCAUAGUUUCACGGAUGUGUUGUCUAAAUGUAGAGAAAACGUUUAUUGUUUCCAAUGCAAUAUGGUAUUUUCGAGUGUUGCAAUGCUCACUGAUCACGUUCGCACUAUCCACGAAACUGGAAGUGUGCCUUUGAAAACAGAACCUGUCGAUCAUCCCAUAACUAAUGGAAGGAAGAAAGCUAAAACAGAACACGUUCUUUAUAACGGUGCUUCUCAAUUCAACAAUCCUAAUACUUUACUCUGUAGCCAGUGCAAUGCAGCAUUUCCCGAUUUCGAGUCGUUUAGAAACCAUUUGAAGACUCACUUAGACGUGAUCAAGUUCUCUUGUACUGAAUGUGACGGAGAGUUUGGUAGCGAAGAACAACUCGAUAAUCACGUGAUUACCCAUUUUCUCUCUACCAGUACAGAAUAUGGUUGCCAGUGUUGUUUAAAAUUAUUUACUAAACCGGAUGAAUUGCAAAAACAUCUUAUGGAUAUUCACGCUCAUCAUCUGUAUAGAUGCGCUCUUUGCAAAGAAAUGUUUGAUUCUAAAGUUACUAUUCAAGUUCAUUUUGCUGUUAAACAUAGUAAUGAGUGCCGAUUGUUUCAGUGUACCACAUGUAAUUCUGUAUUCAGAACCGAAAUGGAAUUCCAACUACACGUUAAAGUUGCUCAUUUAUCAAAACACCAACCUUUCAGGUGUCUCUUAUGCGAAUUGUCUUUUCCUACAGAAUUGCAGUUACAAUAUCAUCUUCAGAGUCAUAAAAAGCAAUUUGUGUGUACACUUUGUGAUGAGGCUUUCCAUGUUGAAUUUUUGUUAGAUCGACAUUUGCAAACUCGUCAUUCUGGCGAAACCAUGGCUUCAACGGAUCCACAAGAUAUUGAUGAUAAUGUACAAAAUCUGAGCUUGAAAACAAGAACGAGACACGACACUACGUCUCCGACUUCCGAUCACAGAAAAACCAUUCGUUGUGAACUGUGCGAUAAUACAUUUCCAUCAGAUUCAUCCCUGAGCACACAUCGUAGACAAGUUCACAAUGUCCGCACUCAGAAAACAGGACAAAGUGCAGUCAGUUUGUUUUGUGCUUAUUGUAACGAGUCGUGCAAAUCGAGAACGGAGCUGGAAAAUCAUAUGAAAUCUCACACUGUAACUCCCAGUAAACAUAAAUGUAAUAUCUGUGAUGAGAUCUGUCCUUCUGCUACCACCUUGGCCGAACAUAAAUUGACUCAUUGUAAAGUUGUAACAGGAAGUACAUGUGUGGUAUGUAGAGUGGUUUUAAAAUCGGAAGAACAAUUUUUUGCUCAUGUUCAAAAACACAACAGUGGUUUACCCACUCCAUGCGUCGUUUGUCGACAGACAUUAAUGUCAGAUGUUGAAGUGCAAAUCCACGCCAGGUUUCAUUUGAAGAACUGCGAGACACUCUAUUCUUGUUGUGUGUGUACUAGACAAUUUGAAGCCAGCAAUCUUAUAAUCACAGGAAAACACGAAAGUAUGCAUACUUACAUGUGCAAAGAUUGUUUUCACAGCAAAACUGAAGAUCUUCGUUGCUCAGAAUGUCAAGUCAAAUUUGAAAGUAUUUCGGAACUAGAGAAACAUAAACUUACUCAUAAGAAAACAUAUCAGUGUAUUAAAUGUCAAAUGUCUUUUGAAACCGAAGGAGAGAUUCAGUUACACGUUGCGACUCACGUUCUUCAAGAAGGAACCAAUCACGAAUGCAAUCUGUGCCACAAAGUUUUCGAUUCUCCAGCCAAACUGCAGUGUCAUUUGAUAGAACACACGUUCGAAGGAUGCUCCAGUUAUGCGUGUUACAUUUGCAGUUCGGUCUUUACCACACCUCAUCUCAUCCAAUCACACAUGUUAGAUCACGGACUCAAUUCACGACCUUACGAUUGCAGCCAAUGCCAUCAAAGAUUCUUUUUUCGUGCAGAAUUAGAACAUCACGGGAUAGCACAUAGUCACUGUAAUCAAUUGCAGUGUCCCGAAUGUAACAAAGUCUUUGCAAAUUUUGUCAAUCUAAACAAUCAUCGAAAAAUUCACGAACAAAAAGGAGGAACUUUGAAGUGCUCUUUAUGUCCGGAAGUGUUCUACACGUCGGCCGAUAUGCAGCAACAUCACUUCAGGUGUCACAGCGAUACUGAUCUUCACGAAGGAAAGAAGUAUUUCCCGUGUACGGAAUGUGAAAAAGUAUUCCCUUGUAUGAGCAAUCUUCAAGGUCAUAUGAGAAUCCAUACGCAGGGAACUAAAUUCAUUUGCCCACAAUGUAAUAAAGAAUUUGCUCUUUCGAGGAAUCUCAAUAUCCACAUGCGAUCCCACAGUGGAGAAAAACCUUACGAAUGUCCAAUCUGUAAGAAACGAUUUGCCAGAAAGGAAAACAGAAAAGCUCAUUUAAAAUCGCACACGGGUCUUAAACCGUUCAUGUGUCCUCAUUGCGGAAAAACCUUUUCCAGAAAAUGUCACGUGAAAGAACACAUGAGGAUUCACAUAACUUCCACUACUCAUCCAUGCGAAAUGUGCAGUGAAACAUUUUCUUCCACACGACAAUUGAGACGACAUAUGGUGAAUGCUCAUCAAAAACAUUACGAUCACGUGUGUACCGUCUGCGGGGACGUAUUCGAACACGCCAAGAGCCUCGAUCAUCAUCUCCAAAAAGCUCAUCAAGUACUGACAACAUGCGUGGAAGACAAUUCGUUAGAGGAGAUGUCGGAGUCAUCGCCGGGUCAAAGUUCGUCUUCUGGUGACUUGAAAGAUCUAGAAAGUAGCGAAUGCAGUAGUAUGUUAGAAGAAGGAGCGGAGUCACCCGUUUCUGUCACUGAUGAUAGUGUAGUACCCCCGGCCGAGGCUAUGCAUACUUACAUGUGCAAAGAUUGUUUUCACAGCAAAACUGAAGAUCUUCGUUGCUCAGAAUGUCAAGUCAAAUUUGAAAGUAUUUCGGAACUAGAGAAACAUAAACUUACUCAUAAGAAAACAUAUCAGUGUAUUAAAUGUCAAAUGUCUUUUGAAACCGAAGGAGAGAUUCAGUUACACGUUGCGACUCACGUUCUUCAAGAAGGAACCAAUCACGAAUGCAAUCUGUGCCACAAAGUUUUCGAUUCUCCAGCCAAACUGCAGUGUCAUUUGAUAGAACACACGUUCGAAGGAUGCUCCAGUUAUGCGUGUUACAUUUGCAGUUCGGUCUUUACCACACCUCAUCUCAUCCAAUCACACAUGUUAGAUCACGGACUCAAUUCACGACCUUACGAUUGCAGCCAAUGCCAUCAAAGAUUCUUUUUUCGUGCAGAAUUAGAACAUCACGGGAUAGCACAUAGUCACUGUAAUCAAUUGCAGUGUCCCGAAUGUAACAAAGUCUUUGCAAAUUUUGUCAAUCUAAACAAUCAUCGAAAAAUUCACGAACAAAAAGGAGGAACUUUGAAGUGCUCUUUAUGUCCGGAAGUGUUCUACACGUCGGCCGAUAUGCAGCAACAUCACUUCAGGUGUCACAGCGAUACUGAUCUUCACGAAGGAAAGAAGUAUUUCCCGUGUACGGAAUGUGAAAAAGUAUUCCCUUGUAUGAGCAAUCUUCAAGGUCAUAUGAGAAUCCAUACGCAGGGAACUAAAUUCAUUUGCCCACAAUGUAAUAAAGAAUUUGCUCUUUCGAGGAAUCUCAAUAUCCACAUGCGAUCCCACAGUGGAGAAAAACCUUACGAAUGUCCAAUCUGUAAGAAACGAUUUGCCAGAAAGGAAAACAGAAAAGCUCAUUUAAAAUCGCACACGGGUCUUAAACCGUUCAUGUGUCCUCAUUGCGGAAAAACCUUUUCCAGAAAAUGUCACGUGAAAGAACACAUGAGGAUUCACAUAACUUCCACUACUCAUCCAUGCGAAAUGUGCAGUGAAACAUUUUCUUCCACACGACAAUUGAGACGACAUAUGGUGAAUGCUCAUCAAAAACAUUACGAUCACGUGUGUACCGUCUGCGGGGACGUAUUCGAACACGCCAAGAGCCUCGAUCAUCAUCUCCAAAAAGCUCAUCAAGUACUGACAACAUGCGUGGAAGACAAUUCGUUAGAGGAGAUGUCGGAGUCAUCGCCGGGUCAAAGUUCGUCUUCUGGUGACUUGAAAGAUCUAGAAAGUAGCGAAUGCAGUAGUAUGUUAGAAGAAGGAGCGGAGUCACCCGUUUCUGUCACUGAUGAUAGUGUAGUACCCCCGGCCGAGGCGUCCAGUUAAAUGUCACCAAAGCGAUCAUCACCAGCUGCCUUGUGUCUCUUUUUUGUUGUAUAUAUAUAUAUAUAUAAAAAUAUAUAUAAAUAUAACUAUUUAUACACUAGGUGUAUAUAGAACGGUUUACAAAAAAAAAGGGCUUCCUCAUCGUCGUUUAUGGAAUUUUUUAUUUAUGUAUUUAUUUUGGAGAAUUAUAAACGCGAUGUUAUGGAAGAUAACUAAGAAAACCCCCCUCGUGUGCACCAUUUUUACCCAACUGCACUGUUCGUGUUAAAAACACACACACAAACACACAAAAAAAGCCUCGAUACUGUUUGCAAAUUUUAAACAUUUAUGAGAAUGUUUCUAUAUCCAGUCUGUUGCGUAUCGUUGCAAAACACACUUUAAUUUAUUCGGCCCUCAAUAAAAUGUUGAAAGAUCGAGUUGAAAGUCAAAAUGUUAAAUUGUCAAAUGGACGAUAAUCUCUUUCGAACCUCUUAACACGGGAAUAUGGUUUUUAUCUUCGAUUCUAUCUUUUCAAUCAACCAAAAAAAUUGGAAUCACAUUCCUUAAUUUUGAUCGAAAAUGUAAAUGUUUAAUGGUUUUUAUAUAUUUUACAGAGGGUCCAAGAAAAGAAUGUGUACAAUUUUUAAACCUG